AGAAAAGAAGUCGGCCAUAGUAGGACCCACCGGAGCUAAUACUUGGCCCUGUAAUGAGCCGUUGAAAAUCCUGAAUCUCUCUCUUUUUGUUUUCUUUUUCAAUUCUUUAAGAGGUUAGAAUUUGGCAACAAGAACUUUUCAAACCACAAAACAAAGAGAAGUAAGACAUGUCCCACGCAACAAAAAUUAAUGGUCUCACUAAGCUUUAAUCAUUCAAAGAUUAUUUCACCAAAUAUGUUCCAGCUCUUUUCUUAAGAUAUUCCAGAAUAUCAUCAUUAUUUUACUUGAUUUUUUACUGUUUUUGAUAAAAGACCCUUUCUUUUUCAUUUUUGUUUUCCCUGUAGGAAUUUUGUUCAUGAGAAUUUCUCAUUCGAACUCUCAAAUUGAUUCUUCUUUAUGCUGAGAAAAGUUGAACAACUUUGUCCUGUUUAUGAUCUGAGAUGUUUUGUAGUUUUGUCUACUUUGAUUUUGGCACAUAAUCAUAAUGGUUUUGGUCCGGCGUGCCUUUUGUGAUUUGAUUAUAUUCCCUUUUUGGAUAAUUUCCUCUUUGAUUAUCUAAUUUUUUUUUUUGUUAAUUCAUCAGAAAAUGUUCAUCAUCUCUUCUAUCUGAAGCAUUUCCUCUGUUGAAGAGAUUAAAUUAGUCCUCAUACCAAAAUCUGCAAGUUCAUUAAUCAAUUCCUCUUCUGCAACUCUCCUGAGACAUGGUUGAACGAAGCCGCAGCUUCAAACUACCCGGAGCUGAGACAAUUGAUCUAAGAAUCGCUCUUUAUGAGCGCAAAGAAGUAAUUGAGAGGCUCCAAGAUGAGUUGAAUGCAGAGAGAGAAGCAUCUGAAACGUCAGCGAACGAGGCCAUGUCAAUGAUUCUUAGGCUGCAAGGAGAGAAAGCUGAGCUAGCAAUGGAAGCUGGUCAGUACAAGAGAAUGGUUGAAGAGCAAAUGUCUCACGCUGAAAUGUCCUUUGCGCUUUUGGAGGAUGUGAUUUACCAGAAAGAGAUUGAAGUCACUGCUCUUGCUUAUCAAGUGGAAGUUUAUAGAAGCCAGCUUUUGAGCUUGGGGUUUAGUGAUUUGAAUAGCUUAGAUGUUAAGCUUCAAGAGAAUGAUGAUCAUGAUGAUGAGAAUAUUAUGAAGAUGAAUGAUUUGUCAUUGAGUGAUAGAUCUCAAACACCCUCUCCUGAAUUGGUUACAGAUUUUUCGAUUCCCGAUGAGAAGGAAGUUAUUGAGCAGAGCUUGGAAUCACAGAAGAGUUCCUUAGAUGUGUAUUGGGAGCAGAUCAAGAAACUGAAUGAGCAAGUGAAAGAGCUUACAGGCUUUAGAGAUUCGAUGCGAGAUCUGCACACGACUUCAGUGUCUGAAUCUUGUUUAAACAAGGGAGAAGAAGAUUAUGCAAGCUCAUCAAACUUUCAAGAAGAUACACAAGAAAGAAAAAAGGAAGCAAAGGGUUUAUGUAAGACUGAUGACACAAUGGUGAUAAAGGUCUCAAAGCAGACGAAGUUAGAGAAGAAGUCAUCUAAACAGACAAGAGAAAGAAGCGGCAAGAGAAACCGUGCAGAGUAUCAAGCUGAAUUGCAACGGUUGAGACAGAGAGUAGAGCGGCUUGAGCGAGGAAAAACUAACACAGAGCCUGAAACUAGUGGAGCGAUUAAGCAAGAAGAGAUAAUAAGUCUACUGAAGGAAGUGAAGGAGGAGCAAAGUUUUGUGCAAUCAUCUGAAGUAAAGAAGAGCUUGAAUACAAUGGAGAAUUUACAACCUUGGGUCGACCCAACCAUUAUUUCUGUUCAAGAGGCAAUGCUUUACUUCUGGCUAUGAGACAAAGAAAAAAAGGUACAGGGCAAAGUUUUGGUUUGAUUUGAGUGUAUAUCAUUGUGUUCUGUUUUUGUUUGCCUAAAGUAGAAAUCUGUAAAUCUUUGUAUAAAGCCUCACAAUUGUAGAUUGUCUUAUGAGUGACAAUUAGCAAAAACAUCAUCUUGUGGAUUACUUGUUUGUGUGUGUAUAUCUAUUGAAGAGAAAUACAAAAGACUCACAGUUGAUCAGACU